AUGCAGCCGUCACACCGGAUUAAACUGAACCGGAGCGCGUUCAGACUCGAAAGCGUUUCGGCCCCAAAGCGGCGGCGAACCGUCUGCGACCCCCGCGUUCCUUUCACCGGGGCGCACGCGGCGGACCCUGCCCGAGCCGACCGCGUGCACCGGGAACCGCCGAUCCCCCCUGCACAGGAGCCGGUCAGGGAGCCCGCGGGAGAGCCCGGCGGAGGGAGAACCGCGCACCAGACAGGGUACGACUCAGGUACUGCUCCGCUCAGCGCAGGCGGGGUGGGGGCGAGCAGCGGCGGCGCCGGGAUUCGCUCAGCGGGGUUCGCGCCAGGUUUCGGAGGCGAAGGGAAGCACGUGAGGCACGCUCAAACCGAGCCCGCCACCGCGGAGUGCUAUGUCAACGGUAAGAUGCGCGUGGAAUCCGCUUCGUCGAGCUCUGCGCCGACGGAACGUGCGCGUGCAGCCAUUGCGGAGCGCCGACCGAAGGGCAGAUCCGGGGCGAGCACCGGACUCAAAGAGACCGACAUAAUGCGGCUGCGGAGCCGAGCAUCAAAUUGUAAUAAGAACGCUGAGCUGAAGAGACGCUACGGUUUAGUCACGAGAUUUGGUUCAGGGAGACACGUCAAACGGUCUGUGAAAAGCUCGUGCUGUGCCCUGUGUGGCGAUGUAAAAUACACCCCUCCUGCUAGUAAAAAACGGGCUUGUGUCCGUAAACCCGGUUCAAGGCGCCCUGACCCGCUGCAAAGGUGGGAGGGGGCCAAGCUUCGUCCUGCAGCACAAGCUCAGCUGAAACCCAGGCUUGUUAUGUGGCCUGGGAAGUUCCCCAAGGUCAAACUGUGUGAUGUAGCCCGGGUGUUUGACGUGACCUCACGUGACUUUUCGUGCGUUUUGCCGGCGGCGCUGUGUCAAAAGAGGGAGCAUAAAGGUGUGCAGUGCUUUAAGAAAGAAUACGUGUCUCUGAUGCAACGUUAUCACCACGGUAAUUGGAAGUGGAUUACCAGCCAAAUGUGGAAGGUGUGUGCUCCAACCAAUAGCUGUGCUUCUCUCUCGUCAGGUGAACGAGUUUCAGACAUAUUUGUGCGUCACGAGGGGUGUACCGGGACUGCGGAUAAUCAUGUUGCGAGGAUACUGGACCACGAGAGGAUGACGCUGACCUCUGGGGAAGGGACUGCAUGUGUCCCCUCCAACCAUGAUGGGGUUCAGCAUAGUGCUGAGACAGGAGGCUCGGCUGUGGCAUCAGUGGGUCAGGAAGAGGCAGCGACAGCAACUCCAGUCCUCCAUGUGCCUCCUUUGGUACUACGACGUGUGCCAGCCUUCAACGGGAUUGGUUCUCCAUAUCGCUUCCAGGGUAACCCUGCAGUUGACCAUAAUGCCUCUGCUGCUGGAGAGUCUGAGGAAUGCUGCCGUCAUCUGGAGGAGGACAGUGGAAGUGAGGAUUCAGAAGGUGAAGCGUACUCUCCACUUUCGUUCUCCUGCCAGAGAACCCAAGCCUAUGUGGCUCGACCUCUCUUGUCCUGUGCCCGCACUUACAAGUCUUGGCCCUUCUCUAGACGUGGACCUCCUUCCGAAUUGAAGACAUCAGUUCUCACUGGCCCUCGAUGGAUUGUUACCCCUGCAACCUCAGAUGUUACAGAUCAUGGGAUUAGUAAAGUGCAAACUUCUCUCAGUGUGACCUUUGGGGAAACCGUCAGAGAAAACCUUUACAAGCUUCUCCAAUCAAGUGUCAAGAGCAUUGUGGAUCGAAACGGGCAAGGGCAGUCACCAUCUGCAAACCUGAGUAAGAUGGAGAAAAAACCCUUCAGAGAGACAGAAUCUCUGCAUCUUCCUCAACUGGGACUUCCUCGUCUCGUCUCGGUUGAGAAGUGCAGCGCUGAAGCUGAGGUCAAAUGUUCCCCAGAAGUCUUCUGUGAUCAAGAUAACUUCUCAGGUUUGCUGUCUACUCAACAUGACAUUCCUGACAAGAGAACCGAUGAGCUGAAUGUGGUUCCCACACCUGAGCCAGUCAGUGUUCCUCAGCUCAGGCUUGUCGAGCAGAAAGAACCCAUCUCCAAAGCCUCUUCCGAGAUGGUACGUUCCAAAACGGAACCUCAGGCCACUUCCUCAGUGAUGAGUUCUAAUGCUGGUGUGGAGACCAGGACUAAUCUAUUGCACCCUGAAAAGACAGAUCCACCUGACUCGACUGGAGGGAGAAGAUGGAAGAAAAGCUUUAACAGCCUGACGAGCAAAGACGAUUCCGACUCCUCCUCCUCCUCCUCUUGCUCCUCCUCCUCCAGUGAGGACUAUCACAACAGUAAUCUCUCUUCCAGCAGCGGUUCUGAAGGUCCGUCGCUGCAGGACGAGAUGUGCGAGCCUGGUAAGGCCGACCGAGGCUCAUCCCCCGUCAGUUCCCCUAAAUGCUCUGCGGUUGCCAGGGCUGACUUGGAUGUUUUGCGAGCGUACGAGGAGGAUGCCAUCGUGCUUGAUGUGAUUCAAGAUGACCCAGAGCUCUUCGGGGCUGUCGUCAAGGAAACGGAAGAACGACAGACUCAAAAAAUUAGCCCGGAGGCAGGAAAGGAGACGGGACAAAUGUUCUUGCAACCUGGGAAGACCUCCAUGCUCCAAAGUCGUCAGAGAAUAGUUUGGGGCUUGGAGUCAACGAGGAGAACUGCUCAUAUCAAACUGGAGAGUUCUGACGGUUUAUUCACAGUGGAGGCUGGUGGUAAGGCUCAGAGUCCUUUGACUCAGCUGGUACACAGCAGAACCUGGACCCCAAGGAACCCUGUAGUGAAACCAGAACAGACUGUUACAGACUGUAAUAAUAACCUGGAUAAGAGAUCUGCUGACCUGAACGCUAACAGCGCUGGAUCAUCAUGGCUUGUGGUUGAUACACGCAGCAAUGUUCAUGGCACAGCUGGGAUCGGCAGCAGUGUUCCUAAACCUUCUCCAGUCUCAUAUUGUCGUUUUUACUUCAGUGAGCAUCACUCGUGCCUGCGGAACAUGUGCUGGUUCCUCCAUUUGCCCAGGGAUGAAGAUGAGAAGUUCUGUAUGGAGACGGUGCAGAAGUUCUGUCGUGCUGGAAGUCCUUCUCUUGUACAGCGAGCAGUGGAGGUGUUUGUUGGCUACUACAGGACUAAUUCUCCUGGUGCGAGUUUCAGUCAAAACAUCGUGAACUCUCUGCUCUCCUCUCUGCUGAACCUGGCGCUGCUGACGGACCUGCUGCCCGUCAUCAACACGCUGCUCUCGCACAACAAAACGCCUCCCCCCGAGCUCGUGAUGGCACUUUAUGAACACGUGCGAGAGAGAGGACAGCUCAGCUCGGUACCAGAGCUCAUAUUCCUCACCUCAAAGAUGAUAGAUGCAGGCUGUGUGUUCACUGUAAAUCAGUGUGAGAUGAUGCAGUCUGAGCUCCAGAUGCUGCAGGUGCCCAGAAAACAGAUGGACAUUUUCCAUGCUGUCAAAUGCAGAGCUUUGGCCGCAAACCCCCUCACCGCUGAACUGUCAGCGCUGUCUGAGGCUGUGGUCCAGGUGGAGGUAUGUAAGCAGCAGGAGAACUGGCCUGGACUGGCGAGCGUGUUCUGUGGCGUCUGUGCCGGUCGAUACAGUGCAGGAGAACUGGCCAGGUUCUGCUGCUGUGUUACCACGGCUCUGCUGAAAGAACCUAAAGACAAACUCACGCUGCCAUACGAGCCUUUCGCUGAGUCGGUGUGUCAGGUAGUGCCGCCUGACGGGCUGGUGAAAAGCUUUCUGGGACGAGUGGGAGUCUCUCUGAUGUUCAGAUAUCACAGAACACACGAGUGGGCCAAGGGCGUGAAGUUGGUCCUCGUGAUGUCUCGGCUGCACAUGGAGUUCUCCAAACUGAAAGGGCUCUUCGGCAGUGAGGACGGGACGUCACGUUGUCAGCUCAUCACCAUAGCGACGGAGCUCUUCCUCCAGAGCGGGAGCAUCGAGGGAGCUCUGAAUGUGCUCAGAGCUGAUGAGUGGUUUGUGAGCUCAAGCACGUGGCCGUGUGACCAGGCGGAUGUGGAGAACCGGAGGAGGGUUCUGACCAGUCUAGCUGGGAAAACCUCACACAGAGACACGCUGGAGAUUCUCAGCAACCUGCCGGGACUCAGACAGCCACUCGAUGGCGUCCAGCUGGGUGAGUACUGCGGCGUGUUUAACGCUCACCUACAGAAGUGCAUGAUGAACCAGGUUUUGCUGGUCGCUGCAGACACUCUCGAAUUCAUGUUGACGCAGGGCAUCAGCGCAGAACCUUCACAGCUUCAGAAUGUCAUCCACAAACUGGGCAGGCAGAACGUGUGGAGUCGUGGCAGAGCUCUGUUCAAACGUGCUCUCUGUGCAGGUCAUUACUCCGAGGUGUUGUGUGAGAGGGACUCUUUGUCGCUGCCGUGCAGCCUCAGUGAGAUUGAGAUGACUCUGGCCUUCGAGAUGUUCAUCACCUGUGUGAGAAGCAGCCUUCAGAGCCCCGGUGACCCCUCCUCACCUCUGCUCAUCAUACUCAGACGGUCGUCCUGCGGGGAGGCGGUGAAGGAGAGCGUGUAUUUGGCGGCCGGCUGCCGUUUGCUGUCCGCGGCGCUGAUACCGAACCCCAAACUGAGCAUCCGCUACGUGGCUGUGAAUCAGCACCAGGAGCAGUUCUUCCACCUGGACCGCAGCUCAGCCACCAAGUGGCUCUCACACAACCAGACCUGGGCUCAGGAGAUGUGGACGAGCUAACGCACC